UAGAGAUUUGGCAACGCUCAACAAGAACCAGGAACAAGUACAGACAUUCUUCUUUUCUGCUUCCUGUGUAAUGAAUGUCGAUUGAAUUCAUCCAAACGUUGGUUCCAUUUGAAAUUUAGCCAAACAAUAGCGUUCUGUCAUUGCGAAAAUGACGGCGACUGCAGAGUUUCUUAAAGGUCUUCCAUCAUACAAUGAGAAUAACUUCACAAGGUUCCAUAGCGAUGCAUCGUCAAAGGUUUCUGUCAAACGGCCAUCUGUUUACCUCCCUACUAAAGAAUAUCCUUCAGAACAGAUAAUUGUAACUGAGAAGACAAACAUUUUGUUGCGAUACCUUCAUCAACAGUGGGAAAGAAAAAACAAGAAGCGUGAAAGUGCCAAUGAAGUGGAAGAAGGAGGUUCAGCUAAGAAGAGGCCUCGCCUGGACACAAGCGUUUAAGCAAAGUUUUGCUUGCUCAUAUAUUAUGUUGCAUAUAUAUUAAUUUCACUUUGGAAUCCAUGAUUGGAUAUAAGAUUGGAAUGGAUAAGGUUGGACACCACAAAAUUAAUGAUCCAUAUUUGUUUUGUUCUCAAUGUUGAUUGUUUAACAUCAAUUUAACAAUCAUCAAUCCACUUAUUAAAGUAGAGCAUAUCUUCUGAAUGUGUUGCUCUGUGGUCAUAAUUGUAAUAAAUUACUGUAUCACUUUUUUAA